AUGGUAAGUACUAUUUGCAUUUCUCUCGACCUAGAGGCAGAAAAGGAGAAGCUGGGCUCUUUGCCCUGGGGGUGUGCAAGCACCGUGCCGUGCCCGGAGCCGGACUUCGCCGCGGGCCCGGGCUGCGCCUGCCCCUGGUCCGCCCCCGCCGGGGUUUCCAAGGAGACCUGGGUUGCCGUCUGCGCCGCCGAGCCGCCGCAGCACAGCGAGGGCCGGAGGGAGGCUCGGCCGCCGGGCCUGCCGUGCGCCCUGGGGUUUGGUGCUCAGCAUGCAGCGUGGCGGGGAGACCAGCUGUCCUCCCAGCUCUACAGAAACAAGCAGCUUCAAGAUACUUUGCUUCAGAAGGAAGAGGAACUUGCUAGGUUACAUGAAGAAAAUAAUAACCUCCGCCAAUACCUGAAUUCUGCCCUGAUUAAGUGUUUAGAAGAAAAAGCCAAGAAACUGCUGUCCUGCCAUGGCCAGAAGAACUGUACUAUUCUAAAAAACACCAAAAGGAGAUUAAAAGAUGACCACUGCUUUGCUCCUCAAGAAACUCCUCAUGCCUCCAAAGCUAGAAGGAAUCUCUUUAAUGAAUUCACUGCCUGCGAAGAGCAAGCCAGUCCUACCGUGGAUAGCUGGGUCUUGCAGACUUUAGGAUUAAAAGACAUCAACACUAUUGAUGAAUCCUUAUCAGCUAACUACAGUGCCUUGUCCUCAGACCUUGGAAAAGACACAUACUGCCUGAGCCCCGGUGAAGCAAGAGACUAUGACCACAGUGAGGGUGCAGCAGCAACUUAUAGCUGUGGACAGAUGCCUCCAGCCAACAGCAGUGCCCAUUUGUGCAGUGAGGACUCUCCCUUCAUUCCUCAGCUCUCUUCAGCACCAUGUGUCUCCUCACCAGUGCCGCGCCUUUCCUCCCUCCCACCCUAUGGGCUGCCUUAUCUGACUAACAACUUGUCACCUAACAAAACAGAGGUGGCCUUCACAACAUCUCUGAGUCCUCACCGCAAUGUGAGAACACACAGUUUCCACCAAGGACAAGCCUUCGUGCGCAGAGAUGAUGACGGAGGAUGGAGAUUCACCUGGGUGCCCAAGCAGGCUGAAUAAGGCACCUGCUUCAAGGGCCACCUGUAGGGAAAACAGAAGACAGACAGUUCAUCUUGUGCUUGAGACCAGUUCAGGCAACAGAAAAGAUUUCCCUUCUGGGCUCUGUUAAAUGCUACUCUCUUACCCACCUGCUCCUCAUUCCCUCCUAGAUUUUCAGAGGAGCAGCUCCAGAUUGCACUUGGACAUGUAUUUGUCCCAAGCCAGAUAUACAAAUUGGAUCUAUUUCUCUUGUGCCUAUGAUGAGAGACCUACUUUUAUUUGCUUCAUGUUUUUUGUAUCAUCAGCUAUUCCUUGCCAACUGGUAGCUUCCAAACUGGAUUGCUUUCAGCACCAACAGUCACUACCACAUGAACCAAAUUGGAAGGGAUUUGGGGAAUACAGUUUGGAAAUAUCACCUCUAUCACAGAUGUCCACAGAUGACAAAGAAGGCAUAGGUCAGUGGCUGAGGAUCAGCAGUUUCUAAGUGAUUUGGGUCUCUCUUGGCUACAUAGAUUGCCUUGGAUUGAGGCAACCGUGAUAUUUAUUAAUGAGCUACACAAGGCUGACCUGCCUGCACUCAUGUGGAGCUAUCAUUUUUUGACCAUGCCUCAAAAUAUACAGGAUUUGCUUCUAUUGCCUGGAGGCUACUUAGUUACAAAUAAUUCAGCAAAUUUAGGGGGUUUCUUCUGCUGUGAUUAGAAGACUAAUGUGUUUACUGCAUUAUGUUUUAAAGGUAUUUUAACUGUCAGAUAAAUGGAGUUUAAAAAGUUUGAGCCCUGUCUCUCACCCACUUUAGCUAUAGAACAGGAACUAGACCUGGAGAUUCUGUAAAGCAGAAUAAUGACACUGCCAUCACCAGCCAAGGCCCUGGCCCAAUAUAUUAGUGACAGGAGUUUUCUCAUGAGUGGAUAACAGGCACUGAGUGCACCUCUCUCCUGCAAAGGAUUCAUUCCUUUCACGUGCAACAUACCAUCAGCCUCUCAAUGGAUUUUCUUCCAUGUUUACUUGCCUGAUGUUGGAAGCCCUUGUAAAAGGGAGCUACUCAUGGCUACACAAGCAGUUUUUGUGGCUUCAGUGGGGCUUUAUGCAACAUCAAGAGCUGCACAUGUGAAACUGGAGAUUUGCUUUCCAGGGAACAACUUCUUGACCUCUUUGUCCUGCUCUCUGGGAUUAUGUAAAGAUUUGUCCGCCUGUCAGCCCUGACUUGUACUCCAGGUGUUCCUGUUAAUAUAAACAGGUCAGAGCUGCUUCCCAUUUCCCUCCGUCCAUGCUUCCUAUGUGAAAUGUUUCUCCUGGUUUGGGGAGGCAUUAUCACUUAGUGGUUAGUGGGAACCACAGUUGAUUGGGAACCACGGUCUUAAACACCAGCUCUUGCCUGGCCGUAUCCCUGUCAAGCAGUGGUGUUCUGAAGCUAAGACCAUCACUGUCUCAAGGAUGCUUUAAAAUCUCUGCUCUAGCACUGUGCAGAACUGUUAGUAACACUACUAAUAAUAUGAAGUCAACUGAUAUGAAGUAAGCUCACCAGUAAUGUUUUGUUACCUUUGUUUUCUACUUUACAGUAGUUUGAUGCCUAAGUCAUAGAAAUAAAGGGAGUUAUUUGGUUAUUCUUUCUUUCAGUAUGGUCCCAGUGACAUUAAGGAACCACUCACAUAAGUAAAAAUAAACAUAUGUGAGAUUUCCUUUGAGUUGCUUAUUUUUCUAUAGAAAACUAUCUAUUCUUUUAUUUUUAGAGGAUAAAAAUGUCUUCUCAAUAGCCUCUUGUGCCUUAGAAUUGCAGUAUUUGGGAUUGUCCGUCAGGAGCCAUAGUCAUUUCCAAGAAGACUUUUAAACAAACAAAUAUCUCCACAUAUCUUUAUAGUAGCUUUAAAGUGAUAGAACAGACUUUCAGAAUAGGCAAUUUGAAAGCAUUUAUUGCAGGCAUUAUUGUCCUGGAUUAAAAAAAGAAAAAGAACAUGGAAAAAGUACAACAGUUUGUUUGGGGGUUCUAUUGUGGCCACCUGAAGAAAACUGGUCAGAUAAGACCAAUGUAUCUACAGCACUUUUCUGCUUUUAAAUGAAAGCCAGAAAAAAAUCCUGUCUUACAAACAACUCAUUUCUUUUUCAAUUCAUUUCUUUUCUAUUAACAUUCUCUUGACCUACUAUAAAGGGUAGAUUGAAGAAAAUGCUCUUGUUACUAAAGUUCUUAUUGUAGCGUAUGGUAGUACAGAGUGUAGAAAAUGCCUAUCCUUAACACAAGGAUGUGAUGGGAGACCCUGGUGUGUGUAAUGAUGUGGGAUGAACAAUAUGCAGGAAAUAAAUAGACAGUGCGACUAGAGGAUUACAUCCACUGCAGCUCUAUAUGCCACAUCUUCAAAGCAGCCAUAAAACAGGAGCAGAGGAAGAUCUGUCUAUGUAUUCCAAUGCUAUUGAAUGCUAUAGUUUACAGAUUUUGAUAUUAUGGAGUCAGCAGCAGUUACAAAUAUAAUUUUAGUCCUGUCAAUUAAAUUAAAUUUAGUCCUGUCCAUUAAAUCAUGUUAUGUUUUUUUUUAUAAAGAGAGAGAAAGACAUUCUCUCUCUUUGACACUUCCUUUCCACAUUUUUAGAUCACUGCAUGUGAGAACAUCUCCUUCUGGGGAGAGCUGGCACAAGGCAGUCAUAUCUCUGAUACAACCUCAAAGUAGGGUAUCAGGGAACCUAAUAGGUGCUUGAACCUUUGCCACCCUUUUGGAGAGGGAUGACUGGCCCUCUUGUCUCUUAGCAAAUAAAUUAUAGAUAUAAAUGAACUGUUUGAUGAAUAAUUUACCUAAAUGUAACCUCCUCUUCUUGUGGGUUCCUGAGUUUUACUCAACACAGAAGUGUUAAAUUCUGUGGCAGGGAUUUCUGCCCAAGCAUGGCCUACUGGAGCUCAUUUGCGCAGAGGUUCCCAUGGUGCUGCUCCUGUCAGCUGACUGGUGCCACUGUCUUGCACAUGCAAACUUAAAAUUCAGGUUUAGACUGCUUGAGCAAAGGACUCUGCAAUCUGCUCUGUGUGAGCAAUGCUGCUGAUUGCUGUAAUGGAGGGAGCAUGCUGGAGAGGAAACCAAAGAAGUUUCCAAAGCAAACAUUUAGGGGAUUUUUUUUUCCCUGACAGUAAUCAUUUCUAAUAAAAAGAAAAUGGACUGUGUUUCCUUAAGAAUGUUAGCAUAAUUUGAACAAAUAUUUCCUGAGUUAUCAUGAACAACAGUACAAACAAGCUGCCUUUUUUCUAACACCAAUCCACAGCAAGCAAGUCAGCCCUAAGGCAAGGACUGGGACAUCUCUGCUUUUCUGUUUCUCUUUAAAAUAGUAAUACUCCCACUGAAUUCAGUGGUACACUUCUCAUUGAAGAGAAGUCCCAAUGACCAAACUCUUCCUUUGGUUAAAUAUUGCUCCUACUGCCACAAGAAAGCCAAAGCAUCACACUUCCUUGGUCUGCAGAGACAAGAGAGAGCAGGUCUUGCCCAUACAGAGCCUAAAGUGGGCUUUGAGAUGGUUGUUCAGCUCUGGUUUAGGUUUUAUGCCUCUUGUGUGUCCUUUUUGUCUCCAUUCCCCGUGCUGAAACAGAGCUAGACCAACACUGCUACUCAUGGAGAGUGUGAUGUAAUGCCGCAGAGACAGCUAGAGAUCAAUAGGAAUGAAAGCAAAAAGUGGAAAUAUAAACCAGUGCUUUACACAGCCAUCACAACUAGGGAGUCAGGAGAUAACAGAGAUGAGGGAGGGUUGCAGCUUUAUGCUGAUGGGCCUGUCCUUGUAACUUCAAAAGCAAGUCAGGCAGCUGCAAUAGAGGAGCAGGGGGCAAAGUUCUGGGUUCUGAUGUUGCCUCUGGUAAUGCACUUAAUCUCUGUACUUUGGCUUCUGUUGGUUCCGACACUGGACCAGUUCAUAGCAAUUUGAAGAGAAAACACGACUUGCUGCUGCAAACUGUAUGAAAAGUUCCCUCUUGCCAAGGAGGAGCAUUAGGCCCAUAUACCUCUAGGAUGGGGAACUAUGACUUGAAUGGUCUGGAGGCACUGGGAGGUCCUUUGGGCAGUGGAGAACUUCAUUGUCUGUAAAUAUCCAUCUUAUAUUAACAUAGUUGGUUUAUUUUUUUAUUUGAAGUUUGCUUGCUUUGUUAUGUGAAUGGAACCUGCACAUUUUGAAACAAUACAUGUC